CCGGUGCGAUGGGUGGCUGGAGUUGGCCACGUGGCACGUUGGCAACGUGACGUGGCGGCCUGUGCCAGGGGAGCUACUGUUCAUGCGGAAUUUCAGUAAUGUUUGCAGAGAAAUGGGGUGUGGAGGACUGUACAUGAGUCGUAUGGUCGAUGGCUCCGUUACCCUGGGACAGAUCAAUGAGACAGAGAGGGCCAUCAUGGCUAUUGUGCUCACAAACAUCCAGAAAAAGACCACAGCUCUGACCAAGGGGCCUGAAUGGCUGUCUAAGUCCUAUUUACGGCACCACGUUCCCCCUGAUAAAUUGCUGUGGAUGAAAACUGCACCGGCGGACAUCGCCUGCUCAGGCAGCCGGCAGGUGAGGCUGGUGGGGAGCUCAGGGCGCUGUGCCGGGCGCGUGGAGGUCUAUUCCGGUGGCAGCUGGAGCAGCGUGUGCCAGGAAGGCUGGGAGCUGCAGGACGCUGCCGUUGUGUGCCGUGAGCUGGGCUGUGGCACGGCCCUGGAGGCGCCGAGCUGGGCGCGCUUCGGUGCCGGCACGGGGCCGCUGUGGCCGUACAUGGCCGAGUGCUCCGGGAGCGAGGAGUCUCUCUGGGAAUGCGGGCGCUCGGAACAGCGCGAGUGCGGGCGCGGCCUCGGGGCAGGGGCCGUGUGCUCAGAGCAGAUGUCGGUGCGGCUGGCAGGCGGCCGCGGGCGCUGCCGUGGCUACCUGGAGGUGUCCUAUAACGGCACCUGGGGCCGCGUGUGCUCCGACGGCACCAGCACCGGCACCGCCGCCGCCGUGUGCCGCCAGCUGGGCUGUGGGCACCGGGGCUGGCUGUCGGCCAACUCCACCCAGCAGGCGUCCCGUGCCUGGCUGGCCUGGGUGGGCUGCGAGGACGGGGCCCGCUCACUCUGGGGGUGCCCCUCGGCACCCUGGCAGCUGCAGAGCUGCGGCGCUGGCGGGCACGCCCACGUGGAUUGUGAGGAGGACAGCGAUGGCAGCAGCGGGACAGACACCAGCCCAUAUCCGGAGGGUGCCAGCAGCACAGGUGUCCCCAGCAGCAGCACGCUGGCAGUGGGCGUGGGGACGGUGCCUGUGCCGACUGUGCUGUGCGUGGUGCUGGGGACGCUGCUGUGCCUGGCCCUGGGUGCCCUGGCCGUGCUGCUGUGCCGUGCCCGUGCCUGGCGCCGAGGCCGUGGCAGAGCUGCAGAUGCCAUCUCCAACGCUGUCUACGAGGAGCUGGACUACACGGCCAUGCCGGAGUACCAGGAGGUGCCCAGUGGCCCAGGUUCCCUGUCACAGGGAUGGGACAAGAAGCUGCCGUAUUCCAGCGGGGACAGCGUGGAGGGGAGUGACACGGAGGCAGCCCCAGGUGGAAUCUCCUCCCCUCCAAGUGCCCCAGGAUCUACAGGGGACCCCUCGGAACAGCCCCCGGGGCUCUCAGACUAUGAUGAUGUCGGCAGCAGCGCCCUGGAGACGGCGCCAUGAGGAUUCCCUGGCAAUGCUCCAGCCCUGGGGACAUGUGUGUGGCAGUGUGCUGGGGCCCUGUCCCCGGGGCGGGGUGUCUGUGGCCACAGAGAUCACCCCUCCCUGUCCAUCGCUGCAGGAAAAAAACUGCUGUUCCGUGAUUUUCUUCGAUUUCUGUGUGAUUUUCUCUUUUUGCAUAUUCAAAUCCAAAAAAACCCCUCAAUUCCAAGGCUGGGAGAUCGCUUGGCCCCAGGAGCUUCCCUCCCAGGUACAUCAGCCAUUUCCUGGGGAUGCGGGGCAGAAAGUGGAAGCAUAAACACAUCACUGGGAUUGAUGGGAUCGGUGGGAAGAGCACUCAGAGAUUGUUUAGUCUUGUCUGCGGGGUCUUUAUUUGUCACUGCUAAGUGCACAGAAGCCUUCCCAGCAACAGCGAGGGGAAAAAGGAGAGGGCACGACCCAGACCCAGCCUCGCAGAUGCAGCAGGAUCUCCUCCCUGUGCCCCGUGGGUGGGACAGGCUCAGAGCUGUAGGCAGCACGGAGAGCUCGGCUGGGAACGGCUCUGGUUGUUGGAAGGGCUUUUCCUAAAGGAGGGGAGGUGUUCUGAGGGAGGGCAGCGCCUUCCUGCCCCCGGCAGGAGCCCGCGCUGGCAGGGCAGCCGGGCCAUGGCCCCUGCCUGCGGCACGUCAUGCUCCAGGAGGUUGCCGAUCUUCAGGGCGGGCUGCAGUGCCCGCACGGCGUCCAGUUGCUGCCGCAGGGCCUGGCUGAAGGCGUCCGUGCUCAGCCUGGGCAUGGAGGAGGCAGGAGAAGAGGAGAAGGUGUGAGAUGUUGUGGGAGGGAGGUGCUGAAGCAGCCGCGAUGCCGCUGCUGCCCUGCCUGUCCCGCAGCAUCCUCUCCCCAGCUCGGCACUGGUGGGCGUGGAAGGUGUGACUAUCCGCUCAACCCAAGCAUGAGUCGUGAUGGUUCGUUCGACCCCAGGGUACAAAAGACAAAAAGCAAGAGACUCAGGUUUUAUUCAGCAGAAAGCAGCAAUGCAGUUUAUUGUGUGUCAGCGGUUAAGUUUUUGCGAUAGAAGAGAGGGAGAGAGAGAGAGGGAGAGAGUGGUAAAGGAAAAUAAGAGAGAGAGAAAGGAUGGGGAUAGAGCUCCUACAAAAGGGAUGCAUCCUCGUGGUUGUCCGACGAUAGACGUGUCAUCGAUUCGUUGGAGAGAAAGAGAUCUCAGAGACUCUUUAAGAAAGUAACUUUUUAAA